AUGAUCAUAAAUCAUAUCAUCUAUAAUCAAAAAACAAUCCUUUCAAGGCUAGAGCUCCUUAAGCUUCGAAAUUGGGAUUUUAGGAAAUUUUUAGAAUGGUGGGAAGAACACUAUUUUAAAUAGUUGAAGGGUUAUCCUUAUAACGAUUAUUUGAAGAUAACAAUUCUACCCUGUCAAAACAGGAUAUUAAAAUAAUUCUUCAUCAAAUAGAUAUAGCGAAAUUUAUGUUACAAUAGAAAGAUAUCCUUUUUGUUAUAACAGGCUGGGUCUCUUAAUGUUUGUGCUAUAAGGGCAAAACUUUUUAAAUGCAAUUUUGGGUAAUUUUGUAAUUUUAUAAACAAUUAGUAAAAUUGAACUAGUUGACUGA